AUGACAGCCUGCAAGAUCCAGAUACAGCUAUUCUCGUCACAGCAUGUGACCUCCAAUGAUGUUAUUCAAGGGUGCGUGCUGCUCGACAUAUCCAGGGACAUUUUCGUCAGGGCAAUUGCGAUCAAGCUCGAAGGUGUCGCCUCGACAUUUGUAACGUUAGGGCCCUACUCUUCUCACACGCAAAAGUACAAGGAGCUGUAUCAAAAGUUCGAGCUUCUGGAGAUUCAGCAAGAGCCAAUGACCUUCAAAAAGGGUCAGUACAUGUACCCAUUUGAGUUCACGGUUCCUGAGCAAUUGCCGCCUUCGUUCACCCACUCGUUUUCUAAUCGUAUUGACUACUUCUUAAAGGCCACAGUCAGUCGUCCGGGAAUUUCGUGCAACUACAGAACUAUUCUUGCUCUGUACCACACUCCAAGCGUGCCAUACCGCAACGAAGACUGGUCGUUUGAAACGAAGGUCGUACAUGUUCUGAUUGAUCCAAAACAGGUAUCAGCGCCGUACAAGUCUCUUGAUAUUAAGGCAAUCAAUAGCCACUUGCUCCAAUCGGCCCCGGGCCCGCCCCAGCAAGCGGUCGUACAGAUAACCAACAACAAGCUGCUGUGCGACGCCUUGGAUACCUCGCCACCUGUCACAGAAAUUUCAAACGGCGACAAAAUUGAACGCCCGCGGUGGGGCUUUUUACAUAAAUGGCGCGGCCGCAAAGCUUUCAACCUGCAAGUGGACGCCUGGUUCAUGCCAGAAGGCCUGGUUGUGGGUGAGCAGUUGCCUUUGAAGUUGUUUAUCCAUGUUAGAGAGGCCAUGGUCCUACUGCAGCUCUCGAUGCUCCGGGUGGCCUUUGAAGUCAAGACCGAAUUCCGGGCCGAGGGCCAAUCCCACAAAGAUACGAGGGAGCUGGAGAUUCUGAAACUCGACGAAACAGUAAAAUUGGCCUCCUCCCCCAUAAUUGACAUCUCGCAUCUGCUACGGGACCUUAGAGUGCCGGCAGACUUCACCCCGAGCUUCAGGGGCCACACCAUGCGCAGAAGCUACCGACUCAAGCUGUCCAUGCGGGUCAACUCUAGCAUCUCCCGUACCACGGCAAUGUUCCGUAAUGAAGUCAAGAUUUACUCGAACGUUGAAACUGAAGCAUUGCCUCUGUACGAGCCGCGAUGCCAGAUGAGCUUGCCUAUGUACGAUUCGGUAGCAGUUUAA